ACGGUUGGUUGCGCGCAGGGUACGCUGCGCGCCGCCGACGUUCCAACUUCGCUGCUCGCCGGCAGGCCGUUCUCUUUUGACAGCUGCGUCGCUGCGGCGUACAGCGGUCUGCGUAGUGCGCGAAAGAGAGAGCGUCGUACCGCCUUUUUGUCUGGCUGCCGGCGGCGAGCGUACUUUGUGUGCGUCGCCGCGCCGCUUUAGCAACGAACGAAACAACCGUGUAUUUUUUUAACUGGUCGCUGCCGAAAACGAAGCCGUCUCCGCCAUGGAUAAAAUAUUCGGAGGACUCAAGAGUCUCAUCAAGAUCGAGACGAUCGUCACCGACAACCAUGUGUUUAGGUUGCACUACAAGGUGACGUGCGCGCUCCUCAUCGCCUUUAGCAUCCUGGUCACGAGUCGGCAGUACAUCGGCGACCCCAUCGACUGCAUUAGCAAGGACAGCGUGCCCACGCGAGUGUUGGACACCUUCUGUUGGAUCCACUCGACGUUCAGCGUUAAGGAUGCCUGGCACAAGAAGGUUGGCGUCCAAGUACCUUACCCCGGCGUGGACAAGUACACACCGGGCGAGCAGCGAGUGUACCACGGCUAUUAUCAGUGGGUGUGCUUCGUGUUGUUCUUGCAAGCGGUGUUGUUCUACGUGCCCCGCUACUUGUGGCUCGCCUGCGAGGGCAACAAGAUCAGCACGCUCGUGCUUGACCUCAACUGUCCCAUCCUGUGCGACGACAAGCGGAAGAGCAGCCGCAAGCUUCUGGUUGAGUACUUCAUGAACAACAUCGGUCACCACAGGAUGUACACUUUCUACUAUUUCCUCUGCGAGAUCCUCAACUUCGUCAACGUCAUCGGCCAGAUCUACCUCAUGGACGACUUCUUGGGCGGCGAGUUCUCGACCUACGGCACCAAGGUCCUUGAGUUCACCGAUUGGGAUUGGUCAGUCCGCUUCGAUCCCAUGAUCAAGGUCUUCCCGAGGCUAACGAAGUGCACUUUCCACAUGUACGGUUCGUCCGGCGAUGUGCAGAAGCACGACGCCAUGUGCAUCCUGCCCAUAAACAUCAUCAACGAGAAGAUCUACGUCUUCCUCUGGUUCUGGUUCGUCAUCCUCGCAGUGCUCUCCGGUCUCGUGCUUGUGUACCGCUCGGUGCUGUUCAUCUGGGCUCCGGCCAGGUUUCACGUGCUCAAAUCCCGGGCGCGUCUGGCAAACGUCACCUACCUGGAACGCGUGCUGGAUCGCUGCAAAGUGGGCGAGUGGUUCCUGCUCGACUUGCUCGCCAAGAACCUAGACCCCGUCCACUACAGGGACCUUAUCUCAGACCUGGAGAAGCACUUGGAAGGCAAGAGCCUUGAGCUCGUCUGAUUACCCACUCUUUUUCCUUAGUUGCGAUGUCUUCUAGUGUCCGCGGACUUCCUGCAUUCAUAUCAAAUGGUUUUUGUACGAUAUCGCGGUAGCCUGUGCAGUUUUCGAUUUUGAGCACUCAUGCUCCUAGAAGUUUUCGCACUGCUCAUUGCAAUGCAGAAGGGAUAACUCCAACACGCUGAUUAAACGCCGGCAACGUUUCCGAACGAAGUACUUGAAGGCAUUUGGUGAAACGUUCAAUUUGAGCUACGACAGCGGUCGAUAGCGUAAACGAGCUUUUGCGGAAGCGAAGCUUUGGAGGUUAGUGUGUCGCAACUAGGAGGGGGAGGAUGGUUGUUCCGCCUCAGUUGAAGCUCGACCUUGCUCACAGGGAAAUAAGUAGCGGGCCGCAAGUUGGGAGUGUGCACACGCGCGCACUAGUGUCACGUCGCUCUUUCCAGUGCCUUAUGCAUUCGCUCACCCUGGCCUCGUUGACAGGGCGGCAACGCGAUACCGUAUAGCCGACCGCGCUCUCGGGCUGCAUCCCGUCGUCGCCAUUGGGAGCUCACCUGACACUGCCAGGCGGAGAUCGAUAUACGAGGCAACAACGGUGCUCGGCGUCGCGGGCUCCGCUUUCCAUGGCGCCGAAACGUCCCGCCUCCGCCGCGUCGCUUUUGGAAUACGAGCUUGCGUUCGUUGCAGCGUCCAUCAGAACGCUGUUCGUUUAGUGCCCGGAGACAACUUCUAUCGGAAAAGAAAAUGGUGAACACAAGAGUUCGCCUCACCAUGUGGGUAGGUUCGCAAAUGUAUUGCGCUAGUCGUUUUUUCGCACGCGCUACUCGAGCACUCGAACAUCUCGUGUGUUUGACCCACGUAGAGAAGUACUACGGCGGCCUCAUUGGGCUGACUGACCGCGUACACUCGAAGUAGAUUGCUGAGGCUAUUGUUGCCGAAAAUAUUUACUUGCGGUAAUGAUCCCCAGAUAGCGACGUUUGACCAAUGUACAUAAUUUCGGUGUAGCGUUCCUUUUCUUUGUUUUCUACUCUUCCUGUGCGGGCCAUGCAUUAUGGUCGCCCAAAAUUGUUUCCCUGAUGGGCGCCGCAAAAAGAAACGCCAAACGAUAUAACCUGCCAGUGGCGACGUCAUGCAGAGAAGCAGCUGCUUGCACGGCUGCCCUUUCGAUUAAAAAAAGAAAGGAAAUUGAACAGCGCGGUUGUGAGCAGGCACAUUUUACUUUCACAUUGAGCCUUUGUAGGGCUCUCCCAGUCGUUGCAGCCUCAACCUCCCAUUGAGCGCCCUGAAGAUGACGUUAAAGUCACGAAAAUAUUUACCCGUACCUCCUCCAUUAGCGAAUGCAUGGCAGUUAUUUGUGUCGACCCCAAAUGUGUUAGUUGUUAUUUUAGGUCGCCUUCUUUCUCACGCUGUUUGUCCGGUUUUUUUUUUUUUUUGUUUGUCUAAAUCAUAGCCUGCGACCUUACCUCAAAACAAGGAACAACGCAGGAAUGUGGAGGGGACCAAGGAUUUCACCUACACACUGACCGAAAAAACGUAGACCGCCGCUUCGUGAUUUAGCAGUCAUUGCUCCGUGCCAAAACAGAGUUUUGCGCUGGCAACACAAAGACGCGUUAUUCGUUUCUGUGUUUUGUUCCUGCGUCGCCGUCCCUUUGUAGGCCCCCCACUUGCGUGACGCGCUCUUGGUCGGGUUCAGUUCACGCGCCACGCAGCUUACCAGCCAUGUGGGACGCGGCGUGACUUCGUUUUGCUUUUCUUUUCUCCCCUCUUCGUGCAGGUUUCCAUCUGUUCUGUCAGUCGCCGUUUUGUGUGCUUGCUUGUCGUUCCUCCGUCGUCGCAGACCCCGACUCACGCACUGCUUUAGGGGGACAGACACCGAGAACCGUGUUCAAUGCAAGACGUUAAAAGAGCUAAAGAUUAAAAAAAGAAAAAGAAGAGGUAUUGAAAGAAGAAAGCCCUUUUCUUGUCGCACCUGGGGUCUCUCUUCCCAUCGCCAUCCCAUCCCCCGCAUCCUGCAGGGUCCCAUCACGCUCAUUGUCCUCAACGCGGACAGGAUGCCGAGAGCGACGCGCGCCAGGCCUAAAAAGCAAGCAGGCGGCAUCCGCCCGAUCCGCCGCAGUUUCCCUUGUUCGGUGGCGUUUAAUGAAUCCGAAAGCGAGAUCGCAAUCAGCUUCGGCGUUACCGAGCCGUGCCUACGCCAACGUGCGCAGAGAGAGAGCAAGCGACAUCGGCCACGCUCGCUCGCUACGCGGAAGCGAGGGCCUCGCGGCGCAUGACGUUUUGCGGAUGACGCAAUCGCUCCAAGGAUUUUUUGCGCUCAAGGUGGCCUGGCAGCUCGCGGCCCCGGCGAAUCGUGCGUAGCUUGUGGUGUCACGCGCGACGUGGCUUUGCUUCUGACUCGCAACGGACGCGCCCACGUUGUCCUGGCUGCGACUCCGUCUUUACCCACCGCUUGUCUCGAGAGAGGAGACGACAGCCUACACUCGCUGAGGCCAGCGCACGCGACUAGAAUUUAGUGCGCGGAAAAUUCAGUAGGCGUUGAAACUAGUAUCCGGCCGUAGAAAUGGGUUUCUCCACCUGUGGCGUAGUAGCUGGCUGGCGAUGACUCUAGGAAAUGAUACGCGGUGUGAGGUGGCGGCGAGAUGUCUUGGCGCAGGUACUGAGAAUCUGGUAAACGAUCGGCACGAAACUGGAAAAUGCUGAAUCGAGUACUGGCCUUUAUUAGUGCAGCCAAUACAUUAAUUAAUAUGCCAGAAAAUGAACUUUUCUUUUCAACGUCACUACGGAAGUUAGUGGCAUGCGUGAAGACAACAAAAGCAACACGUUCUUUUUGCUAUGUUGGAGAACUUUUCAAUCGCUUCUCUACUGCAAUUUGAGACACACCACACUACACCCUUUUUCGGCAUGCUCUUUCUUUGUGGAGUGGAAAUGGAAACAUGCGAGAGUGCAAAAAAAAAAAAUGCACCAUCGAUAACAGGCACUGAAAAUGAUAUUUCAGCAAUGACUUUCAACAAAUGGUCAUGAGCACUUACUCGCAGUAUGACCUAUGAUAGUAGGUAGUUCAUGCUCCAAAGUGAUUGGGCAGGAACACAUUCCUCUCAUGAAACAGUCUGUACUUGCAACACUUCCCAAGUGGUAUAGAUGCAAUGGGUGUGCUAAGGUCACAGGACUAUCUAGAAAGCAGUCAAUUGAGGUGUUUCUUUGUAGUUAACACUUGAUCAACCUUGUAUGUUUGUAAGAACAAAGCUGUAAGGUGUCUAAUGUAGGGCUGUGAGGUAUUCAGAGAUGCACAACUGGCGAUUUCUUUGAUUGCUCAGCAUCUGCUACAUUGCCAUAUAAACAUGCACAUUAGAACUGCUGGUUUGGACCUACCACUGAUUACAUAAUUUGCUGAGAUGUUGCAGUUGCUGGCAUUGAAGCAGCCAUUGUGUAAUGCAUGAUGGGUUCUUAUAGUGCCCAGUUCUUAUCCAGGGUAGUCCAAGAACCUUUCAAAAUACAAAACACAACUAACUGAUGAAAUGCGAACAGGCCAGCUAACAUUGUGUCCAAGUGUAUAUUGUACUCUUGCUGAAUCACUGCAUGAGCUCAAGAUAGAUUUGUCUGUGCAGAGGUUGUCAUAGUUAAUUCAAAGUCAGAAGUCAUAUCCUAUAGAAUGUUUUAGGCAACUGUAGUUGUGCAUUCACAGUUUUUUGAAAAGGGAGUGAGUGAGUGGGUGAGUGAGUGUACUUGUAGUUUUGGAACAUCAAGUGCAGUUGGAGAGCAAUGAAGUGUGAAGAAAAAAAAGUAAGGCUGACACGAGUCCGAAAGAAGGUUCAUUUUCCAAGCUUUGGCUAUUUUGUGCUGUAACUUAAAAUAGGGAUUCUAUUACCACUGCACUUUUUGGCCAUUUAUCUUGCUGCCAUGUGCAGUCAAAAUACCAUUAGAGCACUUAGGUGCUUCUUUACUCAUCAUGUUUAUGUUUAAUUCUAGCAACUUAGCACUGUUACCAUUCAAAGUUUUUGUUUUCCAUAUAAACUAAUGCAAUGAAACAGCCAAGUUAUUUUUUCACUUGGUUUAAGCGCUGAGGAUUCUGAGGCUGCAAAGGGAAUGCCCUCUUCCCUGCAAGCAGUGACACUGUGGAGUGGGAAUAGUUUCAGUGGGUUGCUAUAUCAGUAAUGCAAGUGGAGACAAUCUAUGUUUGUUUUUGAAAUUUUCAUGCAUUGUAUGAUUGAGUGUACUGUGACUUCAGCAGGCUCUGAAGUAGCUGUUGAAUGUGUAGCUUUUGCCAUCUUUGGCCAUUUCUGGAGACCUGAUUCAUAUCACUGUCGAAAGAUGUUUACAGCACUCCCAUCGUCAACCUUGUAACUUCAGGGCAUUGUAGCCUUCUGUGAACACUGCCACUUUUCCCAAAGUUCAGCCAUGUUGCAGAUAGUGUGAUACUUCAUGCUUGAAACACAGAGUGAGUGGAAUGCAGUUUAAUAUAGAUGUUAUCAUUCUCGAUGCCUUUUUAGUGUAUAUAUUAUCAAAUUCUCAGCAUCUGCAAUACCAAAAAGUGGGUGCAAUGCUCAGUUCGUGUUUUGUUUAUCAUGUAGUGGAUGCAUCAUGCAAUUAAGUGAAGGUUUGAAGUUUGGUGGAAAUUUUUGCUUUAGUUCUCUGUGUAUGUUGCAUGAGUGGAGCUGUUAUGAUGUAUGCUGUCUCCGAUGCUCUCACACUGUCGAGAGCUGUCCGUGGGAAUUGUUCAUGGUAUGUGGCAAGUUUGGUUACUUUCAUGAACUCAUUCUCAUUCGUGUAUGUAAGCAAUAAUCAAGGACCAAUCAGUGCCUGUUGUGUAGGCACUAGAGUUAAGUUUUUGCUGUGCUGCAGUUUUUAUGCAAAUUUCCAACCUCUGUGUGACCAAUAUCUGAACAUUCCCAACACAGCUUUCUAAAAAGCCCUGGCCAUUAUACUGUACACAGCAUAUUACAGUCCAGUGCUGAGUUUCUUAAACUGUAAUGCUAUACAGAUGCUGACAGUAGAACUACAAUUGAGUAAUUGAUAUCAUGAAGCAGUGAUGUUCUUGUUGUGACAUAUGUGUGUAGUUGUCCAUGUUGUUACUAUGUUUUGUUGGUUGGUAAGUCCCAUUUCAUUUCAUUAAGGUGCACCUUAUACCUCAGACAGGCAAAUUUAGUGACACUUCAAGCGAAUGCACUUUGCCUUUAGUGUCACUCCCAGGCUGUCAGAUAGAAAUGUCUAAUAACACUUGGUGUGGAGUGCACUUGCCAGGGAUUGCGUCCAAUGAACUCACUUCAUUGGGCUGAAGUGUGUAGCCUCGGUAACAGUGCAUCAGUAAUAUUAAAUAAAUGCUCACCACAGAAUCGGCACUAAUUCUAAGACCACUUUUUCAUAAUUUCAGAGCUUAUGAACAUCUCUAUAGUAUUAAUGAAGCCAGAAUAAGCUUGAAACACUCAUUCCAGGCGGAUUUCGCCAUUUUUGACUCUUUAGAUUUUCUAUAUGUUCCGUGCAUGUAUUGACUCAAAGCAAAUAGGUGUGUUAACAACAUUAUGAUAUCUUUAUUUUUAUUGCAAGAUUUAUUCUAAAUAAGCAUUUAUUUUUGUAAUAAAAGAGUAACUGCUUCUAAAAUUUUAAAUGCUAAGUUAUAUCAAGCUGUACAAUUUUAAGUCUUCAUUCUCAUCAAUCCCAAAUGACACUUCAUUUUGCUGUUGAGCACCACACCUCUGAAACGACACUCAGCGAGGCAAAGGGCAUGUACUUGAAGUGUCACUAAAUUUGCCCGUUUGACAUGGGACAAUUUACAUGUUACCACGAACAAUUCUCUGACACCACGGACAAUUCUGUGAAUAUGACACUUAGUGUAUUUUGAGAAAUUUUUAAACAUGUGAAGAGACAUGUCUUCUUUGCCUUAUAUACAAAAGCUAACCUGCCAGUGCUCAAGAGUAAAAAGCAGUUUGUACAUGACUGCAUGAGAAAUCUCAAUGGGUGUUUGCUAGCAGCUAUAAGGGGUGGUCAUGCAAGUAUUCAUAUCCAAUGAUGCAGGAUGGUAAGUGGCUGGCUACUGCCCCGGUUGCAUGCUAAUCAUAUCUCACAGACAGGGUGAUGCAUCUUUUGAAAAAUGUUUUGUGACAAUUUCCUGACAUUUAUGUGUAGCCAUGAAUGUGAAGCUACACAGAUAUCAUGUCCACAUUGCCGAGUGUUGGUGAGCACACUUGUUUCCUCUGUCAUUUUUUCUUAUAUUCUUAUAACUUGCAAAGUCGCAAAAUUAACCAUUCUUGUAAGCCUGUGGCACGACAAAUAACAAGCUGUUUUUCUCAGCCAACCAAGCUAUGGGAAUGGUCACUUUUUUGUGGUAAAGGUUUCUGUGUUUCAUGUUCGCUGUGGUUCUAUUUAUUCAGGUGACAAGUAGCAUCCAGUAUAUGUUUGUUGUUUUUAUCUUUCUUUUUUCAAUAUGCACACAUACUCAUUUCCUCUGACCAGAGCGAAGCGAACAAUGUAGUCUUCCAUUGAAUCUGUAGAUUUUGUGACACAAGAAAUGAAUGCAACAGUCCUGAGCCAAUACAGAACUGUUCAUCUAGUUUCUGUUCUUCAUUUUCAAGUUCCCUCAUUUGUUAUUUUUAUGCCAAGCUUGGAACAAAUUUUUUUGAUGUGUCAUCAAUCAUUGUCUGGGGCUAGUUCAUAUUUGAUUUCAUCUGUGGAAGCCUUUCAUUGUUUACUUAUGUAUAAGGGGGACCAUUUUUUCUUCAUUACAUAUCCAUCUUGAUGCUUGGCAUGUCCAAGUAAUAGGUACAAGUAAAUACCUGCAAUAUGUCUUGUGGUCACCGGUAUGCAUGAGCUGUUCACGUUGGUAUGAUAUUAAGAAUGGAAAAAAUUUUGAGCGCUGUGGUUGUGUAUUGUGAACUUGUACAUGGUUUUUGGAUUACACAUGGUUUUCUAUAUGAGACUUGUACUGUCAUGCAAUGCCUUAUAGCUCUGCGUGACUCGUGUUCUCCUCAAUGAUGGAUGUUUUUUCUUAGUAAUAAAGAAAAAUAUAUGGCCA